UGCUGUGUUUUUUCUUCUCAGUCUCCCGCCCCGCGCGCUUGCACUAGUUGACAGACUGGCAGAGGCAGGCAGGACCGGCGCGAACUCCAGCUUGCAGGGAUGGUGAGGCAGAGCCAGCUCCACUGCACGGGCCAGAUGACCAGAGAGUCUUUGGCAUCUGGUCCAUCAGAUGGUGAUGCAGGCCUCCCUCCGCUUCCUCCUGCCUCCUGCUGUGCCUCCCAGACAUCUUCAGUGGGGAUGGAGAGCAGCCAGCCAGUGAAUAUUGCAGACUCAGGGAUACGCAGGAAGAAAAAGCGCCGGACCCGAGCCGCAGACAGCUCAACAGACACAUUCAGUGAUCUCUACAAACUCACGGAUGAGGUGCUAGGGCAAGGAGCCUAUGCUAAAGUUCAGUGCUGUGUGAAUCUACAAAAUGGCAAAGAAUAUGCUGUGAAGAUCAUUGAGAAGAUUGCUGGCCACAGUCGGAGCAGGGUGUUCAGAGAGGUGGAGACCUUAUAUCAGUGCCAGGGGAAUAAAAACAUCCUGGAGCUCAUUCAGUUCUUUGAGGAUAAUAGCUGCUUUUAUUUGGUGUUUGAAAAGCUGAAUGGAGGCUCCAUUCUAACACACAUUCAGAGGAGGAAGCACUUUGAUGAAAGGGAAGCCAGUCAUGUUGUCCGGGAUAUAGCUAAUGCUCUUGACUUCCUGCACACUAAAGGAAUUGCUCACCGGGAUCUGAAACCUGAAAACAUCCUUUGUGUACAUGUCGAUAAGGUGUCUCCUGUGAAGAUCUGUGAUUUUGACCUGGGAAGUGGAGUAAAGUUGAGCAGUGCCUGUACUCCUAUAACUACACCAGAGCUUACCACACCGUGUGGCUCAGCUGAGUACAUGGCUCCUGAGGUGGUGGAGGUCUUUACAGAUGAGGCAACCUUCUACGAUAAACGAUGUGAUCUCUGGAGCCUUGGAGUUAUACUCUACAUCCUGCUUAGUGGCAGUCCCCCUUUCACUGGCCACUGUGGCACUGACUGUGGCUGGGAGCGAGGUGAAACCUGCCGUGCUUGCCAGAACAACCUGUUCGAACGAAUCCAGGAGGGAAAAUAUGAGUUUGAUGAACGGGACUGGGCUCAUAUCUCAGACAGUGCCAAAGACCUGAUCUCUCGGCUGCUGGUGCGAGAUGCUAUGCUGCGGCUCAGUGCUGCACAGGUCCUACAGCACCCGUGGGUGCAAGGGAAUGCUCCUGAAAGAGGUCUUCCAACUCCACAUGUCUUACAAAGGAAGUGCAGCACUAAGGACCUGACUCUGUUUGCGGCCGAGGCCAUGGCUUUUAACAGGCAGCUCUCUCAGCAGGACGAGGAGCUGGAGCAGGAUGAGGGCGGGGCCAUCGUAUGCUCCAUGAGACUCUCACCUCCCUCCAACUCCAGACUAGCCCGACGCAGAGCGCAGUCCCUUGCACUUCGCAGCACUAACGAGUUCCUGUCUACUGCGCAGGUGCCAGAAUAAGCCUAUGCAUUAUAUGAACAUGUCUUAUACUUCCUACACACUUUCUCAGUACAAAUGCACAUACUACACUGCUGCAUUUGAUGAUCUUAAAUUACACAUACAUACAUACACACACACACACACACACACACACACACACAAAUGCAUAAACACACACAGUAUUUAAGUAUUUAUUACCAAAUAUUUGUGGCUCAGAAAGAUUUACUGUGGUGCUUGGGUAGUAAGGAAAUAGAUAUAUUUUUAUUUUAGUCUAGUUUACUAGAAUGAUUCUUCUUUUACCCUUGUAUGUUUUUUUAAACUAAAUAUUUUAGGAUGUUUUUAGUUUAAAACACUGGUGUUUUGUUGCACAUUUGUUCGCUUUAGUUGCGUUGUGGUCUUGUUCUCAUGGUUUAAACUAUGUUUCAGGUUGGGACUACAGUUAAGCCCAGUACUUCUUAACAGCCAGUGUAAAUAGUUUUGAGACUUGAGGAAAUGCAUGAAACCAUACUGCCUUUUACAUUUAUAUACAGUGUAAGAGUGGUGAAAUUACGGACCUCCCUAUUGAUUAUAUAUUUACCUCAAAUCCAGUUUGCACAUUGUUUUUGCACAUUUUUACUACAAGCAGUGUUACUGACUCGGCCAGGAAGUAGCAUGCUUUUUGUAAAAAACAUUGCUGGACUUCUAGAAAGUUUAAACUAAAAUGAAAGGUUAAUUUUACACUUGUAAAUGUCAGUACAUGUUGCACAGCUGUGUUCUUGUUCUUUUUUUUUUUUUUAAGUAUUUUGUUCUGCAUAUCUCUAUUUUUACACUAUAUUUGUGUUUACAGUUAUUGAUUUUAAUUUGUAUUUUUUAAAAUGUUAAUUAAUAGAGAAUUUAACUCUUAAACCAAAUGAACUCAUUUUUGUGUCCUGAGUUAAACAGUAAAUCUUUCUGCUGUUA